AUGGACGGAGAGGAGAGUGGAUGGGACAUGUCAGAUCAUGAUGGAAACCGGGGUGACAACAUAAGUUCCCCGACGCAUAGAGCUCCAGCACCUCGAAGAUCAAAUUUCCUAGAGGUAUCCGGCAACGAUAUUACCUCUUGUUCAGAAUUCUCUGAUGUUCCCCGCCAAUCACCACCGCAUCGCUCUACGGGAUCUCUGCACCGCCACGAGCACCCUUCGUUGUCUCCGGCAGCCCACGUCGGCCGCCAACCUUCGCCGCGCCACCACAUUAGUCCCCAUAGUGAUAUCGAAUCUACAAAUUUUAAUCCAGAGCGCGUGAUAUUCAAUGGCCAUCUCACGUGGCUCAAAAUAAAGAAAGGGGUACGGCAAUGGAAGAACCUAUGGGCAGUGCUCCGGGCCGAAAAAUUGUCACUUUAUAAAAAUGACAGCGAGUAUUCCGCUGUAAAGAUAAUCCCUUUGGAUCGAGUGAUUGAUGCCGCCGAUGUUGACCCGAUUUCGCGAUCCAAAGUCUUUUGUUUUCAAAUCAUUACUGAGGAGACAAUUUACCGGUUCUGCGCUCCGGACGACGAAGCACUUAAUCAGUGGCUUGGCUCCUUGAAAAGUGUAUUAACCAGGUAUCAUGAAGCGCCUCGCCAUCAACAAUCCGGUCCGGCUGUGCCUGGCCCCUCAUUGGCGAUCCGAUGA